AAUUCAACUGUGUGUGCAUGUGUGUGGCAAAGACAAGAAAGCAAUGGGAUGAAUGCAGUCAUGUGUUUGAUGAAAGGAUGAAAGAAAAAAGUGCCGCUCCAUAAUUCUAACACCAAGUGAAAAUGGGAUAAAUAAACAGGGGGGGAAAUGUAAAAGUGUUUUUUGUGACGGCUGUUUGAAAAUACAGUUUGUCAAACGGCGGAUGCUUGGUAUGGCAUGUAUUGUGAGCCUUUCUUUUUCUUCCCUUUUUUAUUCAUCCGUCCCUUUUACCUGCACUACAUCUCUCUUGCCCACUUCCUCUCUCCUUUAUGACCCGUGUUGUGUCUUUUGCCAGCCUCCUUCCUGUCCUCCCUCCCUCUCCAUCCUCACCCUCACUCCUCACCCUGCUCUUUUCUUUCCCUCCUAUGCUCCCUUUUUUCUCUCCCUCCCUCCCUUUUACUCCUCAUCCACUGGAGUAGCUCAGUCGUACAGAUCACCGUGGUAACCUGGGAGAGAAAGUGGUUUGGUUCUUGGCUGUGUUGCAGCGAGAGGGUGGGAGCUAGAGACUGAGGGAGACACUGGGGCAACUGUUUGAGAGAGAGAGAGAGAGAGAGAGAGAGAGAGAGAGAGAGAGAGAGAGAGAGAGGAUGAGAGCAGCUUGUGUAGAGCAGGAUGCUAUCUGGUGGCUUGUGUGUGAGUUGUAAAGGAGCAGAGGGCAGCUCUCUGGGGUUUCAGUCCCUCCAGCUUUAGGCGGCUGAGUGUGUAACCUCAGAAGUAUCGUCAGAGCUUGGCUGGACUGUUGGCCCCUCCUUAUGGAGCAAUGGAGAGUGGAUCCAGCAAUGACAGACUCACAGACAAAGACAACAUGAACUCCGACUCUGCAAAUAAAGCUCACAACAAGAUUCCAUCAGAGAAGCUUCAGAGAGCGGGGAAGGUUCUCCGCAACGCCAUCCUGUCCAGAGCCCCACACAUGAUUCGCGACAGGAAGUACCACCUCAAGACAUACAGACAAUGCUGUGUAGGCACAGAGCUGGUGGACUGGUUGGUGCUGCAGAGUGCAUGUGUGCUCACACGCUCCCAUGCUGUUGGGAUGUGGCAGGUGCUACUUGAAGAAGGGGGGCUCAACCACGUGGACCAGGAGCUGGGCUUCCAGGAUAAGUACCUGUUCUACCGCUUUCUCGAUGACGAGGAAGAGGACACACCGAUGCCUAGUGAGGAGGAGAAGAGGGAAAGUGAAGAAGAGUUGCCAGAGACCAUUCUCUUCCUCGCUCAGAUUGGACCUGACGCAUUGCUGCGCAUGAUCCUAAGGAAAUCGCCCGGUCAGAGGACAGGGGAUGACCUGGAGAUCAUCUAUGAUGAGCUGCUUCACAUCAAAGCCUUAGCUCACCUCUCCAACACUGUGAAGAGGGAGCUGGCAAGUGUUGUGAUCUUUGAGUCCCAUGCAAAAGCUGGAACAGUGUUGUUCAACCAAGGAGAGGAGGGGACAUCAUGGUACAUCAUUCAGAAGGGUUCAGUCAAUGUGGUUAUCUAUGGCAAAGGUGUGGUGUGUACGCUCCACGAGGGUGAUGACUUUGGAAAGUUGGCCCUGGUUACAGAUUCACCUCGAGCCGCCUCCAUCGUCCUGAGGGAGGACAACUGCCACUUCCUGCGUGUCGAUAAGGAAGACUUCAACAGGAUACUCAGGGACGUGGAAGCCAACACUGUGCGCUUGAAAGAGCAUGAACAAGCUGUGCUGGUGUUAGAAAAAAGUCCUCGUGCCUCCACCCUGGGAAGCAUUAAGUACACUGUUAUUUCAGGAACGCCAGAGAAGAUUCUCGAGCAUUUCCUUGAGACCAUGAGGAUGGACAUACAUCACAGUGAACCAGACCCAGCGGUGGAUGAUUUCGUCCUCAUGCACUGUGUCUUCAUUCCAAACAGCCAGCUGUGCCCUCUCCUAAUGGCACACUACCAUGCUGCUGCCCCGCCUGGCUCUGAACAGGAGAGGUUGGAGUAUGCAAUCAACAGUAAGAGAAGAGUCCUCAUAAUAGCCCUGCGCUGGGCCAACACACACACAUACAUGCUUCAGGAGGAGCCUGCUGCCAUCUCUUUUCUUGAGGAGUUGUACGGAAGUGUAUCAAAUGAUUCUCGGAUUUUGAGAGCUUUGAAAGACCUGGUUCCCGACUUGGAGAAAGUCGUUAAAUUACAAUCGGAGGAAGCCAAAGCCACAAAAAAGAAAACCCUCAUACGACAGUUCAGCAACGGGGAGGAAAGACUGCAGAAGAAGCAGCCCAUUAGGAAUCAAGAUGACAUCCUACUGAAGGUGUACUGCAGCGAUCACACAUACUCUACGAUCCGGGUUUCCGUGGCAGCGACGGGAAAAGAAGUCAUCAGUGCCGUUGCCGACAAACUUGGCACCACUGAUGAGCUCUUGUUGGUUCACCUCAGCUCUGCUUCUGAAAAACUAAUCCUGAAGCCUAACGAUGCGUCUGUGUUUUCUACUCUGAGCAUCAACGGGCGAUUGUUUGCCUGUCCCAGAGACCAGCUCAACAAUAUAGCUCCUCUUCCAGACCAGGAUGGUCCCACUGCAGGCUCCAUGUCAACUUUUGAGCUGAUGAGCUCUAAGGACCUUGCAUACCAAAUGACUAUGUUUGACUGGGAGCUCUUCAGCUGUGUGCACGAGCAUGAGCUGCUCUACCACACGUUCGGCCGACAGAGCUUCAGGAGGACCACGGCCAACCUGGAUCUGUUUCUGCGGAGAUUCAACCAGGUCCAGCUGUGGGUGGUCACUGAGGUCUGCCUGUGCGGACAGCUCAGCAAGCGAGUCCAGCUGCUUAAGAAGUUCAUCAAGAUAGCUGCACACUGUCGGGAGUUUAAGAACAUGAAUUCAUUCUUUGCCAUCAUUAUGGGGAUGAGCAACCCUGCUGUGAGCAGACUGAGCCAGACGUGGGAGAAACUCCCCACCAAGUUCAAGAAGUUCUAUGCCGAGUUUGAAAGUAUGAUGGACCCAUCAAGAAACCACCGCUCUUAUCGACUCACAGUCACAAAACUGGAACCGCCCAUUAUUCCCUUCAUGCCCCUCCUUCUUAAAGAUAUGACAUUUACACAUGAGGGCAACAAGACCCUGAUUGACAAUAUGGUCAAUUUUGAGAAAAUGCGUAUUAUAGCCAACACAAUUCGGCAAGUGAGGCACUGUAGAAGCCAACCAUUCAAUCCGGACAUAUGCCAGCCUAACAAAAACCAAGCAGAUGUCAGGGGUUACGUUAGGAAGCUGUGCGUGAUCGACAACCAGAGGGCGCUGACUCAGCUCUCUUACAGGCUGGAGCCUCGACGGACAUGAGCACCAGAUCUUCCACCACCAUCGCCUUUUCUGUAACGUUAGCAUAAAAAAAACACACACAUUACCUGGAUUUAAUAACUAACACGGCUGGUUGUAAAGUAGCAAAUCACAACUGUCAAUGACUCUAGUACUAUCAUGGACCAUUACGGAUCAAGGACUUGUACUGUGCCAUUAAAAGCCUCUUCCUCCCGGACGGAAAGUGUUCAGCUGCUCUCUUGUCGCUGUGUCUCAGCCCCCCCCCCCCCAGACUUAGGGCUGUAACUGUACUAGUUGUUACUGUUUGGGACAUGUUAGAUAGAACUGUAGUGUAUAGAACUUGAAUCAAUAUCCUGCAUGACUGAACUUCAUAAGCUCCGUGUUCUAUACAGUGGAUUUCUAUCAGAGUGUCCUGUUAUGUUGUGCCACCUGAGAUGAGCCCUAGUUUACAAAACAUUACUGUACCUGCCUGUAAAUCAAACUGUACUCUCCUGAUGGUCUUAAUCAUAGAGGUGGGAAAAAACACAUAAACCAUAGUAGCCUAGACUCUUCAUAACUUCUUUGGAAUAUGCAGAUUAAUAUGAAAUCAGAAAAUACUUAUCCACUUUAUAAUCUACAUGAUUGUAUCCAAAACUGAAAAACAUCUUUAAGAUUGGAUGUCUCAGCUAAAUGUCAGUGUCCUUUAAUAUGAAGACACUUCAAAACUACUACAACAGGAGUAUUAGUUAAAUUGAAGUCCUAAUGGUAUUGCAAAAAGUGUUAAGAAAUGUGUCGCUGCAGGAUUGCGUUUUUACAUUGGAGUGCAACUCUUAAAGAAUAAGUCUAGUUGAUAAUGGUUCUUAGUAUGAUCUGCUCUGAGGUCAGUUUUGUUAUCAAAUUGUACUCCUUUCAUUGCAAGCACUGAUCUAGGAUGUGGGGUCUUAAAGCAAACUUCUACUCUGAGGGGAAAUCUUCUUGUCUCUAUCAGUGGUGAUCAGUCCGUGUGAUUUUAUUUUUAUAUCCGUGCGUGUAGAUUUUUGAGUGUGGUCUUGACAAGUGUCAUUGAAUUUCAUUUGAUCUCAGGAGCUGUUAAUGUGACUGUGUGUGGAGAACCGCUGUGAGGCUGGCUUUUCCUUAGAGCAGCCUGUAACUGUACUGUAUGUGUGGUCUGCCUUGUAAAUAAAAGAAGAUAAUUUAUCAGUG